AUGGGCAGGGGACUAACCAUAUAUGACAGUUUUUAUCACUUGCCAAGAACACCUAUCUGGGCACCCCUGUCAGUACCCAAGGGAGAAGCAAUAUUUUGGGAUUUUUCCGCAGUUAAUGGGGCUCUCAGAAUAUUUGUCAGCAUUCCAGCCAAUGAGAGUGCUCCAAAAUCCCUUUUGAGUGACCGGAGUCGUCGACAGGCCGGAAUUCCGGCCUGUCGACGACUCCGCUUCGGCAGUGGGCGCCUAACUGAGCGCUUAGUAAGCGAUAAUCAUCAAUGUGUUGGAAGCAAUGAAACUAUCAUAGACACUCUGAUUGAAGGUCAAUUGGUCAAAUGCCACCAAAUCAUGUCUGCAGAGCCACUGGGGGUGAUAUACUGGAUUGAUGUCUUACAUACAGCAGGUAGUACAAAGAGUAUUUGGGGGAUUUUCCGCAUUUUAUUGAGGUCACAGUGCAGGAGAUACAGUGCCACUAAGGAGCCUGUGGCCGGGAUUCAAACUCAGCUCAAAACCUCGGCAGCCUGCCUGAUUAGGGUAGAAAAGGGGCUUGUUGCACCAAUCAGAGCAGCUCAGCAUCUAUAUGUAUACCUAGUCUGUGUCUAUGUGCAAGAGAAAGCCAGUGGCUGGAUAAUUGCCAUAUGGAGUAUGUGA